AUGAGCAGAAUCAUAAUACCCGGAGACUCCUUAUCUUCUGAGAUACCGCAGGAUGGUGAGAUCACCAUUGGUCCAGGUAUCUAUAAAGUCCCCCAGACGCAACAAAUUAUUCCUCAACAAGCAGGAUACCUCAAGUCGAUUGGCAAAAAAAGCUCUCCAGAUAAACUUGUAUAUAUUGAUGCUAACUCGAAGAGAUACACGCCGCAAGUUAAUGAUUUUGUUGUUGGUGUUGUUUCAGGCGUUUACGGUGACUUUUUCAAGAUCUCCCUACAAGACUAUUCCCAGCAAGUACAGCUUUCCAUGAUGGCUUUCCCUAAUGCAAGCAAGAAGAACCGUCCUAAUCUUAAGCUUGGCCAGGCUGUUUACGCUAGAGUCAGCGAAGCCAACCCAGAAAUCGAUGUUGAAAUCGAGUGCAUAGACCCAGAAACAGGUAAAGAAGGUGGCUUUGGUCCGCUAGAUGAAAGUGGAUUCUUGUUUGAAGUGAAUUUGAAUUUUGCUAGAGAGUUGCUUUUCAACAAGAGCAGUAUCUUCUUGGAGAAGCUUGCUGCCAAGUGUGCAUUCGAGAUUGCUAUUGGAAUCAAUGGUAGAAUCUGGAUAAAGGUUGGAGAAGGACUCACAUACAAAGGAAAAGAAACGAAAGAAGGAGAAGAUGUGGACAUGGAUCAGCCAGAAGCCACCGUCAAAGACAUGAGACUCACAAUUGCAGCUGCCAAGUACCUACAAGCAUGUCAGCGUGCAAAGAAAGAAGACGCAGAUGCCGAACUCAAGAAGGCAUUCAAGGGCACAGGUGGUCUUUAG